AUGGGGCCCCCGGGCAAUAGGGGAUCAUGGGGCCCCGUGUCCUUGCCCAAACUCAAAAAAGCCUAUGAAAAAGGUACCAGGGGCAUCUCAUGGGGCCCCCUACUGACCCCGGGCCCGAGUUUCCAUAUGGUCAGUCUGCCCCUGGGCGCUACCCAAGAGUGAGAGCAGGGGCGGACUGACAACUCAUGGGGCCCUCGGGCAAUGGGGGACCAUGGGGCCCCUGUGUCCUUGCCCAAACUCAAAAAAGCCUAUGAAAAAGGUACCAGGGGCAUCUCAUGGGGCCCCCUACUGACCCCGGGCCCUUGGGCAGUGCUCAAGUUUCCAAAUGGUCAGUCCACCCCUG